GUGCGUCGUGUCCUGUAUCCUCUCUGGUGUGUUGUGUCCUGUAUCCUCUCUGGUGUGUUGUGUCCUGUAUCCUCUCUGGUGCGUCGUGUCCUGUAUCCUCUCUGGUGCGUCGUGUCCUGUAUCCUCUCUGGUGUGUCGUGUCCUGUAUCCUCUCUGGUGUGUUGUGUCCUGUAUCCUCUCUGGUGUGUAGUGUCCUGUAUCCUCUCUGGUGUGUAGUGUCCUGUAUCCUCUCUGGUGUGUAGUGUCCUGUAUCCUCUCUGGUGUGUAGUGUCCUGUAUCCUCUCUGGUGUGUCGUGUCCUGUAUCCUCUCUGGUGUGUCGUGUCCUGUAUCCUCUCUGGUGUGUAGUGUCCUGUAUCCUCUCUGGUGUGUAGUGUCCUGUAUCCUCUCUGGUGUGUAGUGUCCUGUAUCCUCUCUGGUGCGUCGUGUCCUGUAUCCUCUCUGGUGCGUCGUGUCCUCUAUCCUCUCUGGUGCGUCGUGUCCUGUAUCCUCUCUGGUGCGUCGUGACCUGUAUCCUCUCUGGUGCGUUGUGUCCUGUAUCCUCUCUGGUGUGUCAUGUCCUGUAUCCUCUCUGGUGCGUCGUGUCCUGUAUCCUCUCUGGUGUGUAGUGUCCUGUAUCCUCUCUGGUGUGUAGUGUCCUGUAUCCUCUCUGGUGUGUCGUGUCCUGUAUCCUCUCUGGUGUGUCGUGUCCUGUAUCCUCUCUGGUGUGUAGUGUCCUGUAUCCUCUCUGGUGCGUCGUGUCCUGUAUCCUCUCUGGUGCGUCGUGUCCUGUAUCCUCUCUGGUGUGUUGUGUCCUGUAUCCUCUCUGGUGCGUCGUGACCUGUAUCCUCUCUGGUGCGUCGUGUCCUGUAUCCUCUCUGGUGUGUCGUGUCCUGUAUCCUCUCUGGUGUGUCGUGUCCUGUAUCCUCUCUGGUGCGUCGUGUCCUGUAUCCUCUCUGGUGUGUCGUGUCCUGUAUCCUCUCUGGUGCGUCGUGUCCUGUAUCCUCUCUGGUGUGUCGUGUCCUGUAUCCUCUCUGGUGCGUCGUGUCCUGUAUCCUCUCUGGUGUGUCGUGUCCUGUAUCCUCUCUGGUGCGUCGUGUCCUGUAUCCUCUCUGGUGCGUCGUGUCCUGUAUCCUCUCUGGUGCGUCGUGUCCUGUAUCCUCUCUGGUGUGUAGUGUCCUGUAUCCUCUCUGGUGCGUCGUGUCCUGUAUCCUCUCUGGUGUGUUGUGUCCUGUAUCCUCUCUGGUGCGUCGUGACCUGUAUCCUCUCUGGUGCGUCGUGUCCUGUAUCCUCUCUGGUGCGUCGUGUCCUGUAUCCUCUCUGGUGCGUCGUGACCUGUAUCCUCUCUGGUGCGUCGUGUCCUGUAGCCUCACACUUGAGCUCCACUCAUUGGGACUGAGUGAACUGGACUCUGUUCUAAACCAAGACCCUGGCUAUGGAGGCUCAUGGGGACAAAACACAGCUGGAACAGAAUAUAGACUCACGUGGGAAUACCGAAUCGGACAAGAAGACGAGCGUUUCACCCCACAUCGCCCCGAGACCGUUUCGUAAGCAGGUGGUGAACAAGCGCCGUUACAGGCGCUUCACUGUGGACCACACCUGCUUCGAUGUGGAGAAUGGCCCGUCUGCGUGCUGCAGCCCCUCGGGUCUCCAGGCGUCCCCUGGCUCCGGCCUGGUCCUACACCCCAACCUGGGGGCCCACGGGCAGCGCCGAGAGUCCUUCCUCUACCGCUCCGACUCGGACUACGACCUGUCGCCCAAGUCUCGCGAGUUGUCCCGGAACUCCUCUAUCGUCGGAGAACUGCAUGGAGAAGACCUGAUCGUGACCCCCUUUGCUCAGGUUCUUGCCAGUCUCCGCACGGUACGGAACAACUUCACCACCUUGACCAAUGUACAAUGUACCUCCAAGAGAUCCCCUGCUGGCCCCCAGCCUCCCGUCACCAGAGUCUGUCAGUCAGACGAGUCGUACCAGAAGCUGGCCAUGGAGACGAUGGAGGAGCUGGACUGGUGUCUGGACCAGCUGGAGACCAUCCAGACCUACCGCUCCGUCAGCGACAUGGCCUCCAACAAGUUCAAGAGGAUGUUGAACCGGGAGUUGACGCACCUGUCAGAGAUGAGUCGCUCUGGCAACCAGGUGUCAGAGUUCAUCUCCAACACCUUCCUUGACAAGCAGAAUGAGUUGGAGUUACCGUGCCCCAUGGCCAAGACCAGAGAGCGGAAAAAGAGACCCCACCACCAGACCCAGAUAGAGGGUCAGGGGACCUUGACCCAGAUCAGCGGGGUCCGGAAGUUCAGCCAUUCCGCUGGGCUCCAAGGCAGCAGCAUCAGCCGCUUUGGGGUCAAGACAGAUCAGGAGGACCUGCUGUCUAAGGACCUUGAGAACAUCAACAAGUGGGGUUUGAACAUCUUCAGGGUGGCUGAGCACUCCCACAACCGCCCGCUGACUUGCACCAUGUACACCAUCUUCCAGGAGCGAGACCUGAUGAAUACGUUUAAAAUCCCUACGGACACCUUCGUGACCUUCAUGAUGACCCUGGAGGCCCACUACCACUCAGACGUAGAAUACCACAACAGCCUCCACGCUGCAGACGUGGCCCAGUCCACACACAUCCUGCUCUCUACACCCGCUCUGGAUGCUGUCUUCACGGAUCUGGAGAUCUUGGCGGCCAUCUUUGCGGCAGCCAUCCAUGACGUGGACCACCCUGGGGUCUCCAACCAGUUCCUCAUCAACACCAACUCAGAGCUGGCCCUGAUGUACAACGACGAGUCUGUCCUGGAAAACCACCACCUGGCUGUGGGCUUCAAGCUGCUGCAGGAAGACAACUGUGACAUCUUCCAGAACCUGACCAAGAAAGAACGCCAAUCCCUCCGCAGGAUGGUCAUAGACAUGGUACUGGCCACAGACAUGUCUAAACACAUGAGCUUACUGGCUGACCUGAAGACCAUGGUGGAGACCAAGAAGGUGACCAGCUCUGGAGUGCUGCUGCUGGACAACUACACAGACAAAAUACAGGUGAUGCGUAACAUGGUUCAUUGUGCUGACCUCAGUAACCCCACUAAGUCUCUGGACCUGUACCGUCAGUGGACCGACCGCAUCAUGAACGAGUUCUCCCACCAGGGAGACCGCGAGAGGGAGAAAGGCAUGGAGAUCAGCCCCAUGUGUGACAAGCAUACGGCUUCAGUGGAGAAAAGCCAGGUGGGUUUCAUAGACUACAUCGUCCACCCGCUGUGGGAGACAUGGGCCGACCUGGUGCACCCGGACGCCCAGGACAUCCUGGACACCCUGGAGGACAACAGGAACUGGUACCAGAGCAUGAUCCCUCAGAGGCCCUCUCCCCCCUUCUGCACCGGUGACGGAGAGGGGGACGGAGAGGGAGGACACAGGUUCCAGUUUGAGCUGACGCUAGAUGACGAACAGGAUGGAGAGAUGGGAGUGGAGGAGUGCGAGAGAGGGACGGAAGAGGGGUGGUCGCCAGUUGACCAGGGCGGAGUGUAGAUGAACACACGUGGGGCUUCCCCCACAUAAUGAGCCGUGACCUGUUCUCUUCAUAAAUGGAAGCACCAGUUUUAGGUUGUGUUUCACGUCUUGUUUUACUACAGUGGAGGAAUCCUGCAAUCUGGCUCUUUGGCGUUGCUCUCCUUAUGCACUAGGGCCUGACUGGCUUUGGGCCCAUGCAGAAGAGGGUGGGGAACCAUAACACGUGACUUGGGAGCCCUCAGGAAGAAGAGUAUGAAGAGUUGAGGAGUGAUGCCUUGAAGGAGUCCUGUUGAAAAUGCUAGUGUGUGACAGAAGUACCGUAUCUUGGUUUUUGGUAACCAGAUAAUACAAUCUUUGUUCUGACAAAUACUGACGAUGAAACUAAGCUAGGCGAAGAGACUGUUGCGUUCAAUUGGGACAAGAUGAAACACUUGCACUUCAGAGCGAUCUUUGUUCUUCGUGACUAUUUUCGAGUAAAUGUUUUGUUUUGUAGAGAUGGGAUGUUGCCGGGUUGCAUCCAAUGUUCAAACUAGUGAUCCACAGGUGUUUAUAACAAAGAACAUCUACCCUUUUUGUGACAAGUGUUUUAAAGACUUUUGUGUGCCUUUUUUUUUACGCCACAGUAUUUUGGACGUGAUUUUAUAAUUUAUUGAACAGGUUUGAACAUGCAGUCUUCCUGAUGUCUUUUCGGCAAUAGUCGCACAAGUUUCACUUUUUCUAAGGGUAGGUAGGGAGGUAGGAAAGAGUUUUAACUAAAGGGUCAAUACAUCUACUAAUGACAGGUUCUUCGUUAACACCCAAUUCAUGACUCUGUACAUGUAUAUGGUACCUCACACAUUUCAAAUCAAUAUCAACAAAUGCCACAACCUACAAGUUCCUUAUUCACAGCAAAAGCAGUUUGCAAACCUGUUACUUUUGAUGUUACAUAUUUGCUUAAAUGUAAAGCAAUGAUCUCGAUCUUUUCCCAUGUAAUCUGUGAAAACCAAUACUCUCCAAAGAUGUCCUGAUUAAUGCACAUUAACAGCAGAAUGGAACUCUGCCUUAAGAGAGGUGUAUUGCCAAACCUGAUUAAAACUUCAUUCAAAUUUUUUCAUAUAUAUAUUUUUUGGAAAAUAUUUGUAAUUUUCCAUAUCACCCUUCCAAGAAUGGAAGAGGUGUAAAUUUGAUAUCUUAAUAUAAUGAAUGCAUAUAAUUAAAUAAUUGAGGCCAAUCAAAGUAAUCCUUUGAAUGGUUUCUUUCCAGACAGAGAGAGAGAGACAUCCCAUGACAUGUGAUAUUUUGAAGCCCCAGACCAAAGUCAAAAAACAAACCUCCAUUCAACAAUGUCUGAUGUCAGCUGAUGUUAUUAUUUUGGUUGCCAGAUCCUCCUUGAGCUGACACCUCACAAGUUUAGGCAGAAACGGCAGAACAAAAAACUAAACCAAAAACAAAUGGCAUCUUUUUAAAUGUCGAUUCAAUGAUAAUUUAAUGUAAUGUAAAAUGUCCCCUUUGACCAGUAGGAUAGCUCAGCGCCUAGUUGCUAGUCUGUCAACAAUACAUCUAAAUGGUACUGCGAUGUAAACUGCAGCUCUCAGCUGUGGGGAGAUCCGCAGAACAUCACUAUGUGACAACAUUUCCCACAUUGACUCUGCGCGUUUGUGUACUGUGUGUGUGUGUGUGUGUGUGUGUGUGUGUGUGUGUGUGUGUGUGUGUGUGUGUGUGUGUGUGUGUGUGUGUGUGUGUGUGUGUGUGUGUGAAUGAGGAAAACUUAGCCACUCAAUCUCCUCUUCUUUGCACCUAGUCCUGUGUCAAACCUUGAACUGUCUGAAACAGUUUAUUUAUGAUCUUUCAUCUGUAAAUACAAUCAUAUUUAUAAAAUGUACACUUGGUAUAAUUUAUAUGCACUACCAUUACCUGUCAAAAUAUGUCAAACAUUUGUUCAACUGUAUAAUCCUCAAGAUUUCCACUGAACAUUCUUAAACAGCCUUUCAGAUUCACAAUU